CUCGCUUCGUUUUCUUUUAGCAUUUUGAUUACAUAUCUUCCAAGUGGUUUGUUCUCUCUUCGAUAUUGUCCUGCUCUUCUUACACCAGAGAAAGUUUAUCCAGAAACGGGAAGUGCAGAUUUCGAUAACACAGGAAGACCUUUUCAUUUCUUAGCUUACACCAACAAACCCAUUUUCUAUGAACACAUGCACCUUCUUUAUGAUGAAUAUCGAAAAUGCGAUGAAUUGAAAGACCAAAUGAUCCGUAACGGUGUCUUGAAUCCUCCACCUUCGGCCAAAGUAGAUCUCACUGGUUCUCGUUGGCUCACCAUGAAAGAAUAUUCUUAUAAUUAUAAUGAAAAAGUCACAGCUGAUCUUUGGAAUAUAUUAACCUCUGGAUUAGAGCGGUUAACAGCUCAUCCUUAUUCUAAAGAUUGCAAAGAAUUUUUAAUGAAAUUUCGUGUCAAAUUAGAACAAAAAAUGGCCACUUUGAGUGUAGCUCCAAUCACUUUCAAUGAAGAAGGUCGACCUUAUGUCCAAGCCGAAGGUCUUAGAAAACAUUGUAAAGCUCAAGUGACCGUUUGGGGCAAUGGGAAUGGAACAAUCGAGAUAAAUGGUUACGAUAUCCUUUAUUUUCCUCAAUUCAAAGAGCGACAUCAAAUUUUAUUUCCACUUCUAUUCACCGAUAUGAUAAAUAAGGUUGAUAUCGAAGCAAAAGUGAGUGGAGUGGGUGAAGCAUCUCAAGCGGGAGCAAUUAGACAUGGAAUCUCUUUGGCAUUGGUCAGUUUCGUUGAUGAAUCAAUGAUUGAGAAAAUGAGAUUAGCUGGACUGUUAACAAAAGAUCGUCGAGUCGCUGAAAGGAAAAAGAUUGGGAAAAUGGGCGCUAGAGCAGCUUUCAGAUUCCGACCUCGUUAGAUGGUGUUUUCGAAAUUUAAGUAAAUUAAACUUUGUACAGUCGAAAUUAGUCAUUAAAUGAAAAAUUGAAAUUAAAUUUAAUCUAAAAUUCUU